AUGUUAGGACAUCAAAGAUACUUACGUUCCCCUUUUGCACAAUGCAAACCAGGCUUUAAUAACUGGAACUUUGGAAUAGUUGUGGAGAAAUUCGGGGGUACGGAGUCGGAUAAUAGGAGGGAGAAAAAGAUGUACUUGUACUCCAAGACCAUUUAUAGAGAUUCCGGUAAACUAGUAUGCUCAAGGGAAUGGAGUGAUUAUAAACUUGGUGAUUGGUUAUACUUCAAUACUAUGGAUGACGAAAACUUCUUCAAUAGCGAGAAGAUUGAGAGUCCAAUCCCAACCGUAGUGAGGCCUGAUAGCUCUGUGAUGGUGGAAGCCACUCUAUUCCUUGUACCAAACUUCAUCUCACAUCGAGUUCUGAAUGAAAAGCAUAAGUUGUGGUCUCCUGAAAUCGGCUUGGUUUAUACGGAUCAAUCGACUUUGAAAAAACUCCGCAUGCGUGAAAACCGAAUGUACAAAUGCUGGGUUUCUUGGUCGUUGUCACCGAUUUGCUUCUCCCCCGGGGAUAUGGAUCCUUCUCACUUCUCUUAUGAACCUGUGAUAUAUUGGCAAUUAACUCAUGAUAAUAAUGAGUAUAUGAAGGAUCUGGGUGAAUUGUUUCAGUACCCCAAGCAGGUGGAAGAUCUAAGAAUUCUUUGCAAACAUCAAACGCAGUUGGAAGUUAUUGUAUGCUUUUUCCGAAAGUAUGGAAGGACACCCACUAAGAGAGAAAUCAAAUUGUUGAUGCCUGAAGACAACAUCUCAACUGGACCUAUGCGUUGCAUUGUUAAGAAAGACUAUGCUGAAUCUAUCUACUGUGGGAUGAAUCCAGAUGAUUGUCAUGGGAUCAGAGACCUGAAAGAUAUGUUCAUACCACCUUUUUGUGAUUUCACUGUUGUCGUCAAGAUUAAUAAUAAUAUGGAGAAAAGAAAUUUUUUCGAGUCGUUACCAGUCAAGAGUUCUCCGUCUACUGAAGAAAGCAGAAGUUUCCAUAGCAUCGGUAUUGGCUUGUACCAAUCACCAUUCUCGCGCAGAUAUGAUAUAGAGCUUCGAUUCAAGAGCAAGCAAGAGGGUUGCUUCCCUUAUUCUGUAAACCACAUGGAGCGUCCCAAUAAGAGAUAA